AUCAGCUGGAGGCAGCAAUAAACAGAAGCAAAAUCUGCAGCGGAAAAAAAUAGAGGAGAAGAGGAGUUGAAAAAAGCUGCAGAUGUUAUGAUCUAAAAACUUCAGUGUAAAAGUUUUACAUGAAGCCCUUCUUCUAAGAAGAAAGCCUUUUAUUUUUGUAUAAUGGUGUUUUAACUACCUCACUUAAAGGCUAUCUAAAGCUAUGCUUUAAGAAUUGUUGUCGUUUCUACUGUGUGUGAGAUCUCGUUUACAACUUGAAUAAUAUUGCAAAGGCAGGCCUUUGCUCCAAACCAAGUGAAACCUUACAUUUGCACUAUAGAAGCCUGUCCACUCCUGAACCGAGAUCCAGCAAAGGGCUUCAAGUGGAAAAAAAAAAAAAAAAAGAAACAAAAGAUCAGACAAAGAAUUAUAUAAAACAGCAACAAGCGAUACAUAAACACAAAUAAGAAAUUCAAAAAGGCAGCUACAGCUUUUUCUUUGUGGACAACAAACAGAACCCAAGUCAUCAACACCUGACAGUACAAGCAGAGUAGUCAUGUUUCAACGCCUGAGCAACCUGUUGUUUGGGGAGGUAGAAGAGGUGGCUGCCGAGCUGAAGGGACCCAAACCCUGCGUGACGGAGGCCGACGAGGAGGGAUGGAUGCUCGUCAAUCUGCCUGAGGAGUCUGACGGCUUGAUGCAGGCAGAGGAUGAGAAGGCAGCCCCACUGAUUGCACAGUCAUUCCCUGACAGUAACUUAUCACAUCAUCAGGACACACAUACAAGGACUGAAUGCCCGGCCCCCAUUCCCCACCCGCUUCACAAGCGCCGUAGGACACAUAAAGGUCAAGCACGAGUUGCAGUAGCAUCAUCAGACCCCUUGUCUUGCCCCAGCAUUAACCCAUCAGACUUGGGUGCCACUACACCCGUGACCCUGCCAAGGCGGGCCAGACUGUCCACGCCCUCCUCCACCCCGUCGAUGUCCCCUGGCUCUGGGAAAGGAGCCACAGCAGAGGCCAGCCCGAUGGAGGACCUGCUCAUCGAGCACCCCAGCAUGUCCGUGUACGUCUCCCCGAACAACUUGUCCAUGGUCUCCAACAGCAACCUGUCUUUGGUGGGAGAGGAAAGCAUUGUCAGCCGGGCAAGCAGCGUGAGCAGAGUGGCUGAACCAAUUGCUGCCCCCGCCACCCGCAGCACUAUGCCCACCAGGGUGAGCCGCGGAGCAGCCGCCCAGGCUGGAGCUCUGGCAAAGGUCACCCAAGUAGCCAGGGUCCAGCGUGGCAAAGCCCGCAUCGAGAGGCGCCAUCUGGGCCGCAACCGCAUCCAGCGCCAAAACCGCACCAGGGAGCAGGUCCCUCGCCACGCAGCCCACGUCAGAAACACCUUCCUUCACCAGCCCAGCAAGCGUAACUUCUGCCACUAAACUCCCAAGCAACCAGGGGGCAUUGUUUACUCUGAGGGCAUUAGACACACACCCAAGACACACGUGAUUACAUAUAUUCACACACAGCAUAUUUGCUUUCGUUUCUGCACUUAUAAUAAUUCAGAUACCAGUAGACCAGUAGCUCUGUUGUUUGGUUUAUGCACAAAUUGAUUCCACCUGGUAGUUUUAUGCCCCAUUCUGCUGUUAUGAACCAAGCCCUCUGAGCAGAUCUGUGUAGAUCUUUAUUAUACUAAUUGUCCAUUGCAGUAUCCAAACAACUAAAAAAAAGUCUUCAAAAUAUUUACACAGGUUAUACUUAGUAAUAAUAAUAUCUUUAAAAAAACAACAAAAAAUUUAGCUCUGUUAAUUUUCUUGCCUAUCUUAGUAAAAUAUUCUCCUUUCUUCCACUUUUCCUCAAGGUAUGUUUUCUUUUUUAAUUCAACCGUUACAUUCCCAAAUUAGUUAAAUUUGAAGAUAAUUGAAAUAAUCAAGUGUACUUUACUCUGUGAUGCAGGAACAGACUUUUCUGGUGGAAGCAAUGCAAGAUAGAGACAAGUUAAGUCUUUGCAUCUUUUCAGCGAAAGCAACUCAUCAUGUCUUUAGUGCUUUAAAUUAAAGGGGAUCCUAUCAUAAUAUAUUUUUAUGUUUAUUCAGAAAAGGUGGAAGGAUAUACCGUGUGUGACGAGAGUGAGAGGAAGAUCACAUUGACGUUUGUUUCCUCUGCAGUUUGGUUUGCCAACAUGCAAAGUAAAGGCACAAACGCAAGGGAACAUGGGGAAACCUGUUUCAUCAUUGGAAACAAGAUGUGAGAUUUCUCUCUUCUCCCGUUGUGGUGGCUGAGAGCAAGUAGAAGAUGGUGAGAGUAUGAGCAAAACAGACUAAAGAGUAAAAGAAAUGAUAUGAUGAAUUAGAAAUAGUAUUAAGAAAUAGUAUUAAAAUUAAUGUGGUUCAUAUGAAAUGGUCAUUGGAAAGUUUUAUGUAACCCUCAGAACAGCCUGUGAAUGAGUUAAAAUUCAACAUCAAACUCUUUUAAUCAAAUUUAGAAGAUGAGUCCUCUUCUAAAUGAAAUCUCUUUUUGUGCAGAUGAAAAAAGGGUGUCAUGGGCAGCCAUUAAAUCAUUAAUGGCAGGGAUUAUGAAAGGAUGCAGGGCUUGUCUUUGGGUUACAGGGUAUGGCAGGUUAUAGUAAGUAAAGAGCGGUAUUGAUGGUAACUCUUUAUUUUGUUUUGUUUCACUGUUUUCUUCUCAUUUCGUCUUACAUUUUAAUAUUAUUUUACAGUCACUCUCUCUGCUUGCUUCCAGCAGACAAAGAAAUGAAAAGCCUGUUCCUGUCAGACAAAGAGAAAAUGCGCAUUUGGCUUUUAGAAUUGACAAAUUCAAAAUCACUCCCCGUGGAUCAGACACAGCAUGGUGUUCAUUAAAUGUGUGAUCUGUAAACUUAAGUCAUGUGCCCAGCACACAUCAGUCGCCUUCAUCCACAGUGUGUGCUGCGAUCUUAUGUUUUCCAUGUGAACACCGAAAAGAACGUACAAUCUAUUUACACAUCAGUCCCUUUCAUUGAAAAAAAAAGUCACUGACUUCAUAAGAUGCAAUUGUUUGGGGAAAAAAAAGGGGGAUGUAAACAUCUUCUUUAAGCCCAACAACAAGCAUCUUCCCCCUACAUCUUGCUUAUGGACGUGCGAAACAUUUAUUUCUAACACCUACUCCAUGACUGUCUGUCACUUUAUUGUUAGCACAUCCAGCUCUAACAGUGUCCACUUAAAGAUCUAGCUUACUGAUAUGUGUUCAACAACAAUAGUAAAAAAAAAAAAUGGUGCUGAAGUGUAUACUAAUGUUUGUAAAUUAUUUGAGACAUGGAUGUAAGUUUGCACUGUCAUACAUUUUGUGAGUCAAAGUUUUAGCGGUGUGCUGUGUGCUUGUUUUCUUUUUGUUUUUCUUUUGUGAUUUUUUUUUCUUUUUGUUUUGAUUCAAACUGUGUGUGAGAAGAUGUACUGACAUGACACGUUAAAUGCUAGAAACUCUAAAAAAAAAAAAAAACAUGGAUAAUGGUCGUUUAUUGCUCUUGUAAAUAUUACAAAACAAUUUCUAACGCUUCAUUAGAUGUCAAAGCCUCUCAGGAUUUGAGUCCACAAUGUUGUGUCCAAUGGAACUGAUGAGAAUCCUCUCUCUGCCUCACCUCUGUGCUCAUUAACAAACCAAGAGGGCGUCUCAGUGGCCAAAAGUGGUGUUUUUGCCCCAACGUCAGUCUCAUCUUGUUGAGGUGCAACAUACAAGCAGCACUAGACUCAGAGUUGAUGUGCCAUAGGCAAACACUGCCCUCCAGAGGGUCCACUUAGCACAGCAUUUGCUGUAUGAAAGCUGGUGAGGAUACAGUACAAUGACAUGAUGUUAGUACAUUCUGUACUGGUGUGUUCAAAAGACAAUUUGAGAGCCUGGGGAUUCAUUCAGAUUGUUUGGGAAAUGGAAAUGUCUUUUCUCAUUUAGAUCAUCUAGAUAAAUAGGAUUUAUUUAAUUAUUUUCCCUUGAAUCACAUACCACAACUUUUUCAUUUCUGCCUAUAUUCUUAUAAAUGUAUCUGUUAAUUUAUAAUAUAAUUUUGAAUAUUAUCCUUUUUUUGUUUUCAAAGAUGACUAUUAUGUAUCCUGUUGAUUCCUCUGAACAGUGGAGAGAAUGUAUCUGAGGUGAUGAGUCUAAUAUGCACACAUACAUACACACACAUAGGGAUCUCUCCGAUACCCUAGGAGUUUACUGCUCUGAUUGUGUCUCAGAGGUUGAAUUUUUCUUGCCUGUUGUAAAAGAAAAGGUACGUACAGAGUGAAAACAGAGUAAUAAUGAGCGAUCACAGUUGGAUGUGUGUGUACAAAUGUAAAGAUCACCACAGAAAACUCUGCCGCUGCAAACCUGUCCUGUUUUCCUGAAUUUCUAUUUCUUCCUUUUCUCACCAGUGUCAUGUAAAAAGGAAAUGUGUUCUCAGUA